GCUUUGUGUUUAUGUAGGUCACAGAACAGAGGACAGAGGACAGAGGACAAAGAUACAUAGAGUCGUUGCUGUCAGAGGAGGACGAUGCUCUGGCUGCCUCCGCUGUGGCUGUACGCAGCCAUACCAGGUGUGCUGUGGGCCGCGCAUGUCACUCUGUUAGUCGAGGGGGACAAGAACGCGUCCAGGAUCUGCAAACCCGCCCCCCAGUGGGAGAUUAAGGGACAGACGCCCAUGCGAGAGCUACUGGGAAACGUUGUGGUGGUGGCGCUGCUGAAGGCCAGCUGACAAUUCUGCCUCACUCAGGCCUCCAAACUGGGAGGCCUGCGUGACAGGCUGAAUCGCAGCAACUUCACAGAGGUGUCUUUCAUGAUCGUAAACGAGCGCGAGGCUCAAUCCAGGGCGAUGUACUGGGAGCUGAAGAGAAGAGCGCCACCUGAUGUUCCCGUGUACCAGCAGGCGCCAUUUCAGGACGACGUGUGGGAGGCGCUGGAUGGCGACAAAGACGACUUCCUGGUCUACGACAGGUGUGGUUUCCUCACCUUCCACGUCGUGUUGCCCUACAGUUUCCUGCACCAGCCUUAUGUAGAAGCUGCCAUCAGAGCCACGUACCAGAAGGACAUCUGCAACUGUCAUCAGGUGAAUUCGACCGUACCAAGCGUCACAAAGAACGAGACAACUCUGACAACCAACCACACAACUGCAUUACCCACAAUUCACCUGGACAGCGAUAAUCCAGAGGGGGGAGACCAAGCACCUGUAACUCAUCAUCACCACCAUCAUCAUCAUCAUCAUCAUCACUAACACCCAUAAUCUUCAUCCUCUCCCUCAUCAUCAUCACCACCACAAUCAUAAACUAAGAAGAGGUCUAGAAGUCGUUUUACAAAAGGCAGCAAGAUUUACGUUUAAAAUUUCAAAUUUAAAGUCAAAUCUCUAAAAUUUAGGGAAAUUUAUUGGCAGAAAUGAACAUAUCAUAUAUAUACCACACAUAAGUCUGUUUGUGUAAAAUCUCUUUAAACAAUUUCUGUUGUGUUCUGUACAAGUUCUGUUGUCAUAGCCUCAUAGCAUCAGCCUUUGAUAUGUACUACUCGGGGGGGAGGGGGAGGUUCAGAGUUCAGAGCUUUUAUUCUGGAAAAAUAUUAAUCUAUUCAAAUCAAUUCUGUCGCUAGAAUUGUCCGUUAACCUAAACUAAAUGUUUGAUUUGAAAAACUAAAAACAAAUACACUGCUGUUGUCAUGGAGACAGCUAGGUUUGGGGAGUAAAGGUCUGUAAAAUAACUACUUGCAUGUGUUAGGCUCAAAGAAGAAGCGGUAAUUCUUAAAAUUGAAAUGAUGCACAACAAAUAUUAACAGUUUUAUCAGAUUGUGGUCUGCCCUCACACUCGCGUGCCUCACUCCUCUGUCUCUGUGUGUACAAACCAGACAAAUACGUCCACAUCCGUCUCCUCCAGUGAAUGAAGUCUACGGUGUGAAACCUGCCCCUGCAGGAGGCUGUAGAUGGAGGUGUGUGGACAGACGAGGUGUGGACGGACAGCUGGUGUCUCUCAUACAGAGACAGACAGACAGAGGGAGACGUAGUAGUGUCAGUCUGGUCACCGUUUAAAACAUUAGACUUCAGUUUGGAUUUUCUCAUCUUAUUUCUGUGCUGAAUGGGAUUACUACAAUCAUCUAGUAAUAAUAAUAAUUUAUGUGUAGUUUGUAGUAGUUACCUGGAAGCUUGUUGAUCGUUUUCUGUUUACAAUAAAUACAAUCUAUACAACAAAAAAUUAAUUCAUGUAUUUAUUUAUGCAGUGUUUGUUUUUAAAUAUACACUGUAACUUCCUUA